CUUUCCCACUCUUGGAAUUUUCACCGAGUGGACAGCCAUUUCUGAUGUUGCUUGGAAUGUUGGGUGCGGGAAAACCCGAGUUUCCGGAGCGUCUUGCUGCCUUUUUUGGCAGUUAAGAUCUGUGCUUUUGCAUGUUGGAGUUCUGUUCUUGGUUUUCUGAUGGUUGUAAUUCCUCGGUCCUCCUUCAGCAUGUCCAGAUCUUCGGAUGAAUUGGUUCCCGAGUCUUGGAAUUGCAAAUAAAAAAAAGAAGAGAUUUUUAGAGAGAUCUAUCGGCCUAUCAAAGAGUUCGGAUGAUGUGACGACUAUGGUGAAAAUGCCAGAGUUGAUCUGCUGAUCUUGACCUAGGCAUUGGAUCUAGUUUUCCUCCGAUUGAGACCCUUAUCUCUUGCGAUGCCUACAACCGUUGCCUACAGAACACAGCUUAAGUAGAUUUUCUGACCCAAGUUCCAAGAAAGGAUUGGCCACGAGUUGUAGGGGGAAGUAGUUUUCCGCAAACGAUGAGGAACUGCCACGAAUUUAGAAUGUUGCUGAAAAAAUGCCAGACAUUCAGUUAGGCACUCACACAGUGAGAUCCCAUGGAACACAAGUUGCAAGAUUUCACAUGCAUGACUGGUUCAUACUCAUACUCCUUGCUAUAAUAGAUGGAUGCUUGAAUAUUAUAGAACCUUUUCAUAGGUUUGUUGGAAGAGACAUGAUGACAGAUCUGAGAUAUCCACUGAAAAGCAACACAGUACCAUUUUGGGCUGUUCCGUUGAUUGGAAUUCUAUUACCUUUUGCAAUAAUCAUUGGAAUUUACGUCAAAAGGAAGAAUGUGUAUGAUUUGCAUAAUGCCGUACUAGGCUUGCUCUUCUCGGUACUUAUAACUGGAGUUUUAACCGAUGCAAUAAAGGAUGCCGUUGGUCGACCACGACCAGAUUUCUUUUGGCGAUGUUUUCCUGAUGGAAAAGCUGUCUAUGACAACAUAACGACAAAUGUUAUAUGCCAUGGGGACAAUAGUGUUAUUAAAGAAGGGCACAAGAGUUUUCCAAGUGGACAUUCGUCAUGGUCUUUUGCAGGUCUAGGUUUUCUAUCAUGGUAUCUUGCAGGGAAACUCAAGGCUUUUGAUCGUCGGGGCCACGUUGCAAAACUGUGCAUUGUGUUCCUUCCUCUGCUUUGUGCAUCUCUUAUUGCAAUUUCCCGAGUUGAUGACUACUGGCAUCAUUGGCAAGAUGUGUUCACAGGAGGUUUUCUAGGAUUGGUAAUUGCUUCAUUUUGUUACCUGCAAUUCUUCCCACCACCUUAUGAUAUAGAUGGUUGGUUUCCCCAUGCAUACUUGCAUGCAAUGGCUGACUCCAGACACAACGAUCAACCGACUGCAAACCCUCUUCAGUCAAACCCUCUUCAGUCGAGGCCAUCAGAGAUCGAGACUGUUUAUGUUUCAUCCGAGGGUCAAGAUGGGAUCCACUCGAGGGACACAAGCUCGAUUCUGGACUCGAUGGAGGCUGGGAGAAGACAGUGAGUUCGACGCUGGGAUGCUGCAUGAGUGUAGCCUAGAUUUUCCACAUCCGAAUAGUUGGAAACAUGAUUCAUCAUCUCUUCUUACCUCUCACCAUGUUUUCAUUCUUGAUCCCCAGCAACUGCUUUAAUUUCCCCUUCAAAUGGGAAAUUGAAGGCAGUGUGUAAGAUUCAUUCUUCUCUCUUCUUCCUGCUGUGUAGGGAGGGUCUCUCCUCUGCUCUCUAUGUAUACAUGAUGAAGUCCAACAUCUUGUUUAAGUUAUUCUGCAUGCUGAAACAUUAGAAUUGUCGAAACAUGUAGCCAGUGAUGGAGAAAUCUUUCCCUGGCACCAAAACUGUAAUUGGUAAAGACUGUUUGACUGUUCGAUCCA